ACGCCGCCGGGGUGGAUGCGGAGGGGACGGCGAGCAAAGUGUCGGCAGUUGUAAAAGGAGAAGUGAGAAGCGAAGGAGGCAGCAGGAUCCAGCCGUCGCAUCUCGGAGUCGCCCAGAGCAGCAAGCAAGAACGGCAGCUGUCCUCGCCUGCCGCUCCUGCCCGCAGAGAGAAGCUUGCUGGUUCCCCGCGAUCCCUCAGCCGCCGCGGAGAGGCCAGCGGGGAAGACCUUCCCUGCCUCCCUCCCCCGGGAAGAGUGUGGGAUUGCCCGGAGAAGAAGGGGCUGCUGCGUCUCCACCGCCAGGUCGCCCCCUGCGGGUCGGAAGCCCCGAGGGUCGCGCUACGAGGGCCGGGGAGCCAUGCAAACAGCCACCGCCUCGAUCCUCGACGUGUCAAGAACGGUGGUGAUCCGCGAGGAAGGCAGCCAAGGGCGGAAUGAGUCCGCGGGACAGUGCAGCCAGAUAUUUCCACCUCAUCUUGGCUCAUCACAGAUAAUCUAUGGAAAUGGUACCACUGUUGGCUCAGUAAUUGCAUUUAGUUGUUCUGAACAGCAUCAGCUGAUUGGUCAAGGAGUCGUCACAUGCAUUUGGAAAGAAAAUGCUACACGGUGGACAGCGGACACUCCUUCAUGUAUGCCCAUAUCCAAGUAUGAAACCUUUGGAUUUAAAGUUGCUGUGAUUUCCUCCAUUGUGAGCUGUGCCAUUAUUCUCCUGAUGUCCAUGGCUUUUUUAACCUGUUGUCUUACCAAAUGUGUUAAGAAAAGUGAAAGAAGAAAGGCUCAAAGGGAUAUGCAAUUCUGGUACCAGCUCAGAAGUGAAGAGCUAGAAAACAUGCAAGUAGCUUACUUUGGUUUUAAAGGCAGAAAUAACAACAACAAUAAAAAAAUUAAAAACCACCUGGAGUCUGACGGUGGUAGUAACAUGGCCUACGACAACCAAGGCUUCUGCAGCUUCAAAGAAGACUGGACUAGAGACAUGGCAGAAACAAGCUGUUCUGGAGAACAUGACUUACAAAAUAAAUCAGCUAAAACCAGUAAUGUACUUGGUAAACAGUUGGUCCUUGGACAUAAUGUUGGCAUACAUAGCAUCCAUACAAUACAUGCUGUAGAAGUCUAUGGGCAUGACAAGGAUAUCCUUGGAAAACUGCAUACUCACUUACCUGGAUAAACAAUCUCAACUGUUAAAGUUGUCCUGACCAAAGCAAAUUGUGAAUACACAUACUUACUGAAUGUGCCUUAAAAACAACAUAAAAAUAAACAUCUAGACUAUCCCUCAUGUAUCUAUUCCAGUAAAUGUCUGACUAUAGCUAUAAUUUAGCAAAUCUCCAAAAAUUUGGAAAACUAAAUCCAGUUUCACUAAAAAAAAAUAA